AUGGAUGCCAGUCUAAAGGCGCAAUUCUGGAAUGAAGGCUACCUUGUCGGAAACUUAAGACUACCGCCUCACACUUUGGAGAAAGCUAAACAGGAAAUCGAGCAACUGGACUUCAGACCUAUUUUUGGUGAAGUGUAUGAAGUAGAACGUGACCAUUUCCGUCUUCAAGCUCCUAUUGCUACAUUUGGUCCGGCUACAAACAAAAUAUACAAGCGAGUGAAGGGUAUUGUGGAAGGAUCUGAUAAAAAUUGGUACACCAAAAAGUCUAUUUGGAACGCAUUGAAAUCACUUCCGGGGGGCCUUCGCCAAGGCAUCCACCUAGAUUUUCCUUCAUUCGAGACAAGCAAAGCGAAACUGGAAAAGGUUCUACGUCUAUCCUGGCUAUUUUGGAGUCUAUGCAGAAAUGGACAAAUGCAAACUGUUGUCACUUGA